AUGGCUGCUAAAUUUUUAGUUCUCGCCGCAUUUGUUGCCGUAGCUAGCGCCGGUUCUUGGGAUUCGGGUCUAGGCUACGCCGCACCAGCUCUAGUCGGUCAUGGAUCUCAAAAUGCUAUCUCCACUUACUCCACCGUUCAACAUCACGCUCCAGCUGUCCACGCCUACGCUGCUCACGUCCCCGCUGUACAAACCUAUGCUGCUCAAGCUCCACUUAUCCAACAAUAUGCUGCUCCAGUAGUCCACGCGCAUCAUGCCUAUGCUGCCCCAGUUGCUAAAGCUGUUCUUGCUGAACCAUCUGCACCAGCUCACUACGAUUUUGCCUACGGCGUCGCUGACCCACACACUGGAGACUCCAAGAGCCAACACGAAUCCCGUCGUGGAGAUUUUGUUCACGGAAGUUAUUCCCUUUUGGAAUCCGAUGGAACUAAACGUGUCGUAGACUACACUGCUGAUCCACAUCAUGGAUUUAACGCUGUCGUACACAACGAACCAGCAGCCCACGCUGUAGCCCCAGUAGUAGCCAAAGUUGCAGCACCAAUCGUCCCUAAUGUAGCAUAUUCUGCACCAGUAGCUCACGCCGCUUAUGCUGCUCCAGUUUCUCAUACAACUUAUUCCGUUCCAGCAGCUUAUUCCGCUCCAGUAGCUCAUGCUGCUUAUGCCGCUCCAGUAGCUCAGACUUACUCCACCUCAGUCUCCCACGGUUAUGCUUCUCCCUUAGUUCAUGGCAAAGCUGGUCAUUUUGGAUACGCUGCCCAGGCCCCAGUUGUCUCAUACAAUGUCUAUUAA